GCUUGUGGACGGAGAACAGAGGAGAGGAGAAGCAGCUGCACACGGAGCAGGGAUGCUUUCAGCUCAGCAGAGGAACGGUUGAGACUGCCGGUAAAGAUGGAGCCUGACGGAGGAAUGCAGAAGACUGGAUAGACCGACUGUCAGCAAAAAGGAAGAAGUGUUUGAGGGCAUUUCAGACGGCGUGGAGAUGUACGCCUUCUAUUCUCUAUUGGUCUACAUCUUCUACACUGUCUUCAAAAAGGAGGAGGAGGAAGGAGCCUUGGAGGGUGCAUGUGGAGCUUUCCCAAAUGAACCAGAGCCUGUUUCCAUGGAAACGGGGAGCAGGAGGAGAGAUGGUCAUACCCCCACAGUGGGCAAAAAGGCUUGUGCUCAGUUUAGUGAGUCAAGCAGCAGCAGUGACAGUGAUGAACUGAGCGAUGAAGAUGAGGAUGACCCCUCAGACAUCGCUGCUUGCACUCCUCUGGCUGCCUUUUUGUCGUUCAAGCAGGAAGCUGAGAAGAGCAGAGCCUCUCAAGUUAAGCUGGAACCAACAGGAAAGCUGGCAGACUCCCCCUUGGUGGCAGUCAUGUCCCACUUGCUGACUUUCCUGGAACAGUACUCCCACUUUCAGCAGCUGCAGCAGCAGGCAGACCAGUACCGGGUCCAGCUGAAGAGGCACCGCGCGCAGCACCGGCGUCAGAUGAAGGCGCUGCGGUCCUCCUACCGACGGCGCCUUCGAGACAAGAACAGCAUCAUAAGCGGCCUGGAGGAGGCCAUCGGCCAGCAACAGAGCCCCAGCCCACUGAGCGAAGGUGAGUGUAGCAGCGAUGCGGGGCCACACGCUGGGGUGCACCGCCUGGUGGAGUCUCUGUACGGGCUGCAGAACGAGAGGAGUAAACUGAGAGGAGAACUUCGUCUGCUGCACUCCCAGCUGGAGCAGAACGAACAAGACAGACACGCCCGGAUACAAGCUUUCCAACAGCAGAUCGAUGAGCUCAAAGGCUGCAUCGAGGAGCGAGAGGAGGAGCUGUCCCGGCUGAGAACAGCCACCGGGGCCACAGACUCAGAGAAGCGAGUUCUCUGUCUCUCCACUGAGAACGAGAGUCUGAAGCAGAGCCUGAGCGUCACGCAGGGCCUCCUGCAGCAGCUCUCCGCCCUCCCGUCGCAGUCCAGCACCAUGCUCAUCAAGGAGAACGAGAACCUCCGCAGCCGAGUGCAGCAGCUGGAGGUCUCCCUGCAGCAGCGCGCGGAGCAGCUUUCACAGCUGGAGCGAAGGAGCGAACAAAGCGAGUGGCGGAGGGGAGAGGAGCUGAGGAAACGAGAGGAGAGGGCGAAGGAGCUGCAGCUGGAGCUGGACAGAGAGAGAGGCAAGGAGCCGGUCGUUAAGUUUGUCACCCAGACUGUGGAGGUGGAAUCGCCGGCCACCCUGAAGCAGCUGACUAAAUCCAGGCGGAGGAACGAGGUGUUGUCCGAGAGGCUGUCCAAUCAGAACGAGCGCUGCAAACAGCUGGAGGAGCAGAUCAGGAAGUCAGACGAGCACAGCUGUAAUCUGCAGCACAAAGUUGCAGCGUAUGAGCGAGAGAUCAGUAAACUGAGGGAGGAGCUGCUGAAAGAGAUCAACCACCUGGAGGAGAGGAAGGAGGAGGCGGUGAAGGCCGCGGCGAGCUGCUCAGCCGAACACUUCCAGAACCUGCAGGACCAAUUCUUCAGCCUGCAGAAGCGAAUGACAGCACUGCCCCCAACUUUACGCUCCAUGAAGACGGACUACGCCAGUCUGAGGAGCCAAGUUCGAAACUUCUCUGAGUUUUACGGAGCCGCCAUUAUUGAAGCAAAAAAACAGAUUUCAGCAGCUAUUAGUGAGAUGUGUGAUGCCAACAAAGAUCUUCUGGAGAAGUACAGGAAGGAGGUUGCGCUGCGCAGGAAGUACCACGAGCAGCUGGUGGAGCUGAAAGGCAACAUCCGUGUGCUUUGUCGCGUGAAGCCGGUGCUGAAGGAGGACCAGCAUGAGGACGGUCAGUCUGUCGUCGUGACGACGGACCCCAACAACGAGUCCUCUGUGGCGGUGCUGAGCAAAGGGAAGAGCCGCAUCUUUGAACUGGACAAGGUGUUUCACCCACAGGCCAAACAGGAAGAGGUGUUUCAGGAGAUUGAACCCCUUGUGACGUCUUGCAUCGAUGGUUAUCAUGUCUGCAUAUUUGCAUAUGGACAAACAGGCUCUGGAAAAACCUACACCAUGGAGGGCAGCGUGGAGAACCCAGGAAUCAACCAGCGAGCUUUGAAGCAUCUGUUCAGCGAGAUCGAAGCGAGGAAGGACAUGUGGUCCUACACGGUGACAGUCAGCUCGGUGGAGAUCUACAACGAGGUGCUGAGAGACCUUCUGAGUAAAGAUGGAGAGAAACUGGACAUAAAGCUCAACCCAGAUGGGACAGGACAUCUGCAUGUCCCUGGCCUCAGGGUUACGGAGGUUAAAAGCUUUCAGCACAUCAAGAAGAUUUUAGCCACAGCUCGUAGGAACAGGAUCACCUUUGGGACUCAGAUGAACCAGCACAGCUCGCGCUCCCACGCUCUGCUCUGCAUCACCGUUCAGGGUACUGACCUCGCCACCGGCUCCAAAACCACAGGUAAACUGAACCUGGUGGACCUGGCAGGAUCAGAGAGGGUCUGGAAGUCUGGCGCCGAGGGGGAGAGGCUGAAAGAGGCCCAGAAUAUCAACCGCUCCCUGCUGGCGCUGGGCGACGUCAUUCAGGCUCUUCGGGCUCGGCAGACUCACAUCCCCUUCAGGAACUCUCGACUUACGUAUUUGUUACAAGACUCCCUGGGCAAAGGCAGCAAGACCAUCAUGGUGGUGCAGGUAUCUGCUCUGGAGAGCAAUGUGGGCGAGACGUUGUGCUCCCUGAAGUUCGCUCAGAGGGUUUGCAAGGUGGAACUGGGUCCUGCAGCCAGGAAGAUCGAGUCUGGUGGAGGACAGGGUGACUGAUGACUUUAAAUCCCCAGGACAGAUUAUCAUCAACCCCGCCAGCCACAUCUUCCAGCGAAGAUAACAAGGUCGGCUGCGAUCCUGAUCAAGGGCUAAAUCUUCCGAGGUCAAGUGAAUAUCAGGUCAAGAACAGAACCUCUUCACCAUCAUAACCCUUCAUCGUCUGCAUGUAGGAGUAUUUAUUCUUCCACUCUGGAUGCCAACACCUCCUCUGACUCCUCUAACGUUUAAUGCCUCCUCAAAUCACCAUCAGUGUAACGGAACAGGAGAACCUGGAACUGACCGUGUCCU